AUGCCAGCAACUCUAACAGACACAGUCAUACCCACUCCGAGUAACCACCACAAACCAACCCAACCCCAGCAACCCCAACAGACCCAAGCACCCCUACCCCCAGCAACCCCCACAGACCCAAGCACCCCUACCCCAAGAGCUGCUCCCACAGACCCAAGCACCCCUACCCCCAGCAACCCCAACAUACCCAAGCACCUCUACCCCCAGCAACCCCCACAGACCAAAGCACCCCUACUCCCAGCAACCCCAACAGAUCCAAGCACCCCUACCCCCAGCAACCCCCACAGACCCAAGCACCCCUACCCAAAGCAACCCCAACAGACCCAAGCACCCCUACCCCCAGCAACCCCAACAUACCCAAGCACCCCUUCCCCCAGCAACCCCCACAGACCCAAGCACAACUACCCCAUCCACCCCCACAGACCCAAGCACCCCUACCCCAAGAGCAGCCCCCACAGACCCAAGCACCUCUACCCAAAGCAACCCAAACAGACCCAAGCACCCCUACCCCCAGCAACCCCUAGAGACCAAAGCAUCCUUACCCCCAGUAACCCCCACAGACCCAAGCACAACUACCCCAUCCACCCCCACAGACCCAAGCACCCCUACCCCAAGAGCAGCCCCCACAGACCCAAGCAUUUCUACCCCAAGCAACCCAAACAGACCCAAGCACCCCUACCCCCAGCAACCCCCAGAGACCAAAGCAUCCUUACCCCCAGUAACCCCCACAGACCCAAGCACAACUACCCCAUCCACCCCCACAGACCCAAGCACCCCUACCCCAAGAGCAGCCCCCACAGACCCAAGCAUUUCUACCCCAAGCAACCCAAACAGACCCAAGCACCCCUACCCCCAGCAACCCCCAGUGACCCAAGCACACUACCCCCAGCAACCCCCACAGACCCAAGCACCCCUACCCCAAACAACCCCCACAGACCCAAGCAUCCCUACCCCCAGGCAACCCCCACAGACUCAAGCACCCUACCCCUGCAACCUCGACAGACCCAUCCACCCCUAUUAACUGCUGGGUCCCUUUGUGUCUGUCACAAAGGCGUUUGCAUCAACAACCCUGGCACGGAUCGUGCGUUGUCGUCCAUGAGGAUGAAGUCUCGCCCGAUUGCACCAGGAUACGGUCUCGCGUACACACCCAGAAUGUCAUCCUGUCGCUGUGCCCCGCUACAGGGCAUCGAAAACAGUUCUUCCAGCUCUACUAAUCCCAUCCCAAAUCAUGACUGUGCCCUCUCCAUAUCGGUCAUGUUCGGUAACUUUGAAAUCCUUGUAUACGCCACACUCGUGCACGACCAUCUGUGA